AUGGAAACUAACACGAUGGAAAAGACUUAUUACCAGUUCGGCUUGCAAAGUUUCGCAUUUGACGUGUUGGCAAGUGAUCGCCUAGGUGUUCGACGGGAUCCCGGCAAGAUUACCCACGAACUAUGUGCCAACAGCACUUUCGAAGGCGAUUUCUCCACUUCCAUCAUUAUUGUUCACCACAACGAAGCGCUAUCAGUACUUCUUCGUAUGGUAGCAGGUAUUUUCGAAAGGACACCUGCUCACCUACUUCAUGAAGUUAUUCUUUAUGAAGAUGCAAGCACCGCCGAGCACCAACUCACUGAUUAUCUCAAUGAAUUUGCUUCUAUCAAUGGAUGGAGUAAUAAGAUAAUUGUGAAACGUAGUGAUGAACGUCAAGGUCUCAUCAGAGCAAAGACGUUGGCGUCUCGUCUCGCUACGGGCGAUGUUAUCGUUUUUAUGGACAGUCAUUGUGAAGUCACGAAACGUUGGCUAGAACCGCUUUUGGCUCCAAUCGCAGAAAAUCCGAACAGUGUUGUGUUACCAAUCAUCGACAUUAUUCAUCCGAUCAACUUUGAAUAUUCAAAAGCGAUGAUCGCCAAAGUUGGUUUCGAUUGGUCGCUGAUGUCCAGAUGGAUAUAUCUCAGCUGGGAAUACUUCGACAUCAAGGAGAACAACGUGAAACCUUUUGAAUCUCCGUCCAUGUCUGGCGGAUUAUUGGCGAUUCGGCGUGAGUACUUCCGAACACUGGGAGAAUACGAUAUGGGAAUGGAGAUAUGGGGUGCUGAAAACGUUGAUCUCUCACUAAAGACAUGGAUGUGCGGUGGCCGUAUUGUGGUUGCACCAUGUAGUCGAAUCGGGCACGUCUUCAGAAUGCGACGACCGUACAAGGGUAAGGAAGACAUGGACACGAGCCUAUUCAACUCUCUUCGUGUAGCGAAAACUUGGCUUGGAAAUUAUGAGAAAAACUUUAUUCGAGCCCGUCCUAUAGCAGCAAGAUUGGAUUACGGUGAUAUCAACGCUGGUUUAGAACUAAAGAAACGACUCAAUUGUAAAGAUAUGGAGUGGUAUUUGACGAAUGUCUAUCCAGAUUUGAAACUGUCGGCAACCAAAAUUAACGACGAAUUAUAA